CCACGCCUCUUCUAAAUUCUAAAACCAAUUUUUCCCUCAGCCGCCCUUGCUUUCCAUUCGAUCUCACCUCUUACUUACUUCCUUUUCCCUUUCCCAUCUCAUCGGUGCUAGCGAUGUCGACUCCUGCUAGGAAGAGACUGAUGAGAGAUUUUAAGAGGCUGCAACAUGAUCCACCUGCAGGAAUCAGUGGUGCGCCUCAGGAUAACAACAUCAUGCUGUGGAAUGCUGUCAUAUUUGGUCCUGAUGAUACUCCAUGGGAUGGAGGCACGUUUAAGUUGACUCUUCAAUUUUCUGAGGAUUAUCCAAACAAGCCACCCACUGUACGAUUUGUCUCCCGAAUGUUUCAUCCAAACAGUAAGUAUUAA